UAUCGGCAGUUGACUUUGGGGGAGGAGGGGGGCGAGCCGCCGGGGCUCGAGCCCCCCCUCAAGAGGCGCAAGUCCGAGCCCGACGAGCGCAGCAAACACAACAGCAACAGCAACGACAACAAACUGCUCGUCAGACUUUCGACCGGGAACACACACAUCACACCGACCGGCACCGCAAUUGGAGUCCUGCAGCUCGGCGGUGAGAGCGCCCGCCUGGCGAGCGAGAGACACGGGUUCGGUUCCCAGCGGGGCGAAAGCAAGAAGCGGGGACGGCCUCGCAAGCACCCGCUGGGCGACAUCUCUCUGGGCCCCAAGGUCAUGUGCAAGGUCUUCACGCGCACCCUCUACACGGUGGAGCAGUGCGCCGCCGAGCGGUGCCAGCUGCCGCAGGAGGACACCGUGGAGUGGGUGCAGUGCGACGACUGCGACUCCUGGUAUCACGUGGCCUGCGCCGGCUGCAACUACACGGCCGUGAAAGAGGCCUCGGCCGAAUUCCACUGCGGCUGCACGUAGCGGUGACCGGGCGCGAGGCCGGAGGACUCGAACCCUCUUCCCCCACCCCUCCAUCCCACACACACGCACGCACACACACACACACACACAAGCGGACGCCUCCCGUCGGGCCCGACCGAGCGCGAGCUUAUCAGGACUCUUCCUUCCGCGCGGAAACUUUACGGGGGCCGUUCGUCCCGACGGGAGCGGCGACGCGCUUGCGGAAUGCCGGGACAGGCUUCCGGGGGCUGUACCUGUUCGCCCUAACGGGGCCCCGUGCCCGCGUUCCGACUCCACGGGUCGCUCGGUGGUUAAAACGCGACACGUUUUGGAUUCGAAGGCGGUUCCCUCUGUCCCGGUUUCAAAAAGCACUGAGAGAAUCUGCGGAACUGGAUGGGAAUCUCGCGGGGAUUCGAUGAGAGUAAACGGGGAGAAUCGGUUUCCCCCGGAGGGCGGGCGGGCAGGGCCGGAGUUCAGAUAAUUGGCAAAAGAACCAGAGGG